AUGUCUAGGUACCACAAAGCAGCGAUUGAUGGAUACUUGGACCUAUUAAAGGAGGCCACGAGGAAGGAUUUGAACACUGCGGAUGAGGAUGGCAUGACUCCCACCUUACUAGCUGCUUUCCACGGACAUGUCGAUGCUCUUCAGCUCAUAUGCAGCAGAGAGGGAGACCCCAACAGAAGUGACAUCUGGGGAAACACACCAUUGCACCACGCUGCAGCUAACGGCCACAUGCAUAUCCUUAGCUUUCUGGUGAACUUCGGUGCUAACCUUUUUGCACUGGACAAUGAAUCCCACACAGCUAUGGACGUUGCUGCUUCUCGUGACCGCAUGGACUGCGUGCGCUUCCUUGAUGCUGCCGCCUCACAGCAGACCAACCAAAAUCCCAAGAAGGUCGCCAAUCUAAAGAAGGAGGCCGUCAAAGAAGCGGAGAAGCAUGUGAAACUCUGUGAGAAGGUGAAGAAGAAACAUCAGAGCAAGAUGGAUAAAAUGCACCGGGGAGUGGGCAAUACUGGGUCUGUCUCAGAGACCAGCAUGGCAUCAGCAUUCUCAGACGGUGGUACCAUGUCCGGCAUCAACGAGCAGUUCUCCAAGCUUAUUGCUGCAGAUAAAUCUGGCUCCCUUACAGCCAGGUUUAAAGGCACGUUCCAGAAGAAGCUUGGGAAGAAAGGCACACUGCAGAGAUCAGGAGGGGAUGGGAACGUUGUUUUCCUCAAACAGGAGAAUGUAGCGUCUGAGCAGCCAGAGUUUCUGGAAGUCUUCAACGAGCAGGAUGAGAGCAUGUUAGACAAAAAAGGAAUGACUGGCUUUGAAGAUUAUUAUGACGAUGACGAACCAGAACAAGUCAAACAGUCCAUCUUCAACCGGCCCGGCCUUGGAGGUCUGAUUUUCAUGAAGAAGAUGGGGCUGGAGUCAGAGGACAUCCCCAGUGGGAACAAUGAAAAUCUUGGCUACCUCAUUCAGAACGAGUUGCUCGAGGCAGAGGAAGAUGCGGCUGGCUUCGAGGGGAAUGAUGCGGAUCUGCCCUGGGAUCAGGAAGACCUGGGACUGGAUGAUGAUGAAGAUGAUGACACCUCUCCUUUGGAUGGAUUCUUGUCUGCCAUCUCAUUGCCAGAGUUUGCCCCUGCAUUCAGUAGAGAGCACCUAGACCUGGAGGCGCUGCUGCUUUGCUCUGAUGAAGACCUGAAAGGCAUUCGCAUCCAGCUAGGACCCAGGAAGAAGAUCCUAGAAGCUGUUGCUCGCAGAAAGAAUGCACUGGAGACGCCGGGCAUUAUGAAGGACAGCUGCUUGUGAUCUAAAAACUUGAACAGUGAAUUUUAAACCGUCUGAAAAUCAAAAUGAGUCUGAUUCACAAUUUAAAGUGUCAAAAUUAUUCUACAAUAUUGUGUAAUGCUCUGUUUAUAAAGUUUUAUCCAUUGGUUAAAACAGCAUGACAGGAGUGUCAGGACCUACAAUAUCAAGAAUAACCUCCAUAAAUCUGUAUGAGCAUGAGUAUGAGCAACUGAGAAAUGAGAAAAAAACAAUAGAUA